AACUCUCAAAAAAUUUCUCUCAAAGACGCUCAGUACAGAGAGCUCAGUACAUUCUCUCUCUCUCUCUCUCUCUCUCUCUCUCUCUCAAAUCUCUCCUCCCUCUCUAAAAUCCCUUCUCUACUAAAAGAAAAUAGUAAGGGAUUAUCUGCUCUAAAUCUCUCAAAUCAAGAUAAGAAACUCAAUUAUUAGGAAUACAAAAAAAAUCAUACAGAAAGACCCAUUUGAAGCCUAUUUGGUGAUUUUCAGUCUUGACAGAACUCUCACCUAUCUCUUUUUUGGGAGGGUCCAAAUGACAGGACGAGGUAAAGGUCGAAAUGGAACUGGUCGUGGAUGUGGCCAUUUUCAAGGACGUGGUAAUGCUGGAGCGAUGUCUCAGCCACAAGUACAACCAAUAGGGAAUACUGCAGCAUCUCCUGAGACAGGAGAAUCAAAUAAUCCUAGUCAAGAACCUCUAGAGAUAGGACAAAUAUCAAGUAACACUUGGCAGAGACCUUCUAUAGAGACAGUAUCGUCAAGGAAUUUGGAUAGAAGUGUGCUUCCCUCUCCUGAAGUUGAAAAUGAAAAUGGUGCAGAUGAUAUUGAUAGAGCAGUAGGUCUUGGGGCUAGAGAUAUUGUUAAUUAUUGUGGUUUAAUCAUGAGGAGCACUAUCUCGUUCCGUGAUGGGAAUUGGCAAAAGAUUGUUUCAAAACAUGGAGAAUCAAUGUGGUUGAAGGUCAAGGAUAAAUUAGAAGUUCUUGGUGGCGUGCGAGAGCAUAGGUUUCAAGCCUUUGUUAUCGAUACUAUGCGACGGCUUUUCAGAGCUUGGAAAGCUCGACUGAGCAUUCGCUACUCUCGCCAUGUUGCUGAAGGAAACAUAUUGUCUCGUCGACCUGAAGAAGUUGAGCUAGAGGACUGGAAAUACUUAGUAGAGUAUUUUGGAAGUCCGGAAUUUAAGGUUGUAAGCGAGAGAAAUAGAAAGAAUAGGGAAAAGCAGAUAACUAAGCAUGCUUGUGGUACGAGGUCUUUUGCAGAAGUAGAGGAAUCGACGAAAAAUCUUGCUACGGGAGAAAAGGAACCACCGGAUAGAGUUUGGGAAAUCCAACAUACACGUAAAAAUGAUAGAGGAGAAACAGUGUGGGUGGAUCCACAAUCCCAGCAAAUUCAUUGCCAGCUCCAGGAACUUGUCGCUCAGCAACAAUCUAAAGAGAUCGAGCAUCCCAUGACUAGAGAUAAGAUUUUAUCCUCUGUUCUUGGUGAAAGGACAGGCUAUAUUCAUGGUAAAGGGUAUGGAAAAAAGCCUCCAAAAAAUAUUCACACGCAAGUGGCAAACAUAGAGGCUAGUAUGUCUUCUGCAAUAGAAAUUGUGCGUCAAGAGAUGCAAGUUGAUAUGGAUCGAAAGUUGCAAGAAGAACGUGAACAAAUGGCUGCGGAGUUGAAAAGGAACAUGGAGCAAGAGUUACAAAGAAAGUUUGAUGAGAAGCUUGAACAUGUGAAUCUGGAAGUAGAGAACAGGGUCAGUCUAGAAGUAGCCAAGAAGAUCCAAGAACAACUGGGUGCUCUCAUGACCAGAAUGCAAGAGGGACAAGGUUCUGAAACAAUGGAGACAACCAAGGAGGGGCUUCAAGGCACUUAGUAUUUUGCUCUUUCGGGAUGUAUAUGCAUACAAUGACAAUGAAGUAUUAUGCAUUAUAUAUGUAAUUCACAUUUUAGUGAUGGAAGUAUAUAAUAUCCGACUUAAGAUAUUCUUUUGAUGUUUGUAAAAUACUAUUGGAUGCAUUUAUAUAAUUUUGUAUAUUACAAUUGCUGAAUUAAAUAGGUUUCAGUGGUGACAA